GACUGAGACAUCCCUGCGCUGCCCGGAUCCGACCCGGUCACCAAGCGGGUGAGAGCUGUGGAGGGGACUAGAACAUGUUGGACUUUAUGCAGGAUGCGGGCCGAAAUGUAUUUUCAACACUCCCCAAACUCACUGAAGAUGAUGUGUCCACUAUAUGGGCUUCCGUUGCCGAGUUCAUUGAACAUCAAAUGUCUCAACAAAAGGGGGUGCAGAUACCUGGACUGGGAACUUUUACUCUAUCAAGACACACAUUAGAUGUUGGCAACAAGCUCAUUCUGGUUCAGCGGCCUGUUUUCCUUCUGUCUGAGAAAUUUGUGCAGAUUCAUGGACUGAAGUACAAUAAAAUAUUCACAACCAGUGAUAUCCCGGUCGUUCCUCUGAACUUCAUCGCCUUGUCUUUCUCUUGCUCCUACAACAGAGACACUAUAGAGGGCUGUGUGCGGGAGACGCUCUGUGUUUUCUCCCGCUCUGUUGCUACCAAACAAAAUGUUGAGUUCAGCUUCAAAGGAAUUGGCACUCUUAUCAUCCGCGACCAGAAGGUCAAGAUGAAAUUUUACAAAGACUUUGUAAAUAGCACGGAUGGGACUGGAUCUCUGGUGAAAUCUCUGUCUAAUAGGCCUGGGACAGCUGAUUCUGUGAUGUCUUCUGGGGAGGACCCAUCCUUACGCCCGCGGUCCUGCAGUGCUCUACUAUUUCCAAGGAUUGAGGUAAAAGCCUCAGACAAGCCAUCUGACAUGGAGACAAUCCCAGAAGAAAAUGUGGAGCUGGAGAGUGGGGCAGAACCUAAGAUAGAACAGCCAAUAGAAAAUGUGAAUGAAGGAGAAGAGCCAAUCACAACUCGAAGAGAGAACACACCAACGAAGCGUCUGCUGAACAGACAAUGUAUUGUGCCCGCCAAAGUCACUGCGAUCAGCCUAAAUGAAGAUCUGGAAAGAAUAACUAAACCAAAAACUGCUCCAGAAAGAUUAGGAUCUUCUAUGAACUUCUCAAGACCUGAUCCUGAAGUGAGCCAGACGAAUAUCCUGCGGAUAACGACGCCUCCUCCCUGCCUGGAUCACUGUCGUGCAGGGCAGGAAUUGUGCUACCUGUGUCUAUUUUCUCUUUCUCUACAGAUGAAAUCUCAGGCAAUUCGAGGUCAAAGUCAGAAAGACGCCGCGUACAACAUGGGGGUGGCGGAGGCCAUCAGGAAUGAACGCAAUGCCAGGAACCUAGAGUUUUAUAGAUCAUACAUUUUUCAGAAGAGGCCGCUGACCCCUCCGGCAAAAAUAAAACAGGAGCAAUAUUACCAGUCGCUGACUAAGCAGGUGGAGGACAGGCAAGGGAAGGAGGAAAAAGAGAAGCAGGACCAGGAAUUGUUGGGCAAACUGGAGCAGAUUCAACUCGCUGAAGGACUGGCUGCUCAGAGAGCAAAAUAUUUCAGAGAUAAGAAUGAACUGAUGAUGUCUUACAAGAGCGCCCUGGACACGCAGGUGAAAAUGAAACCAAGCUUUGCUCCCCCUGCGGAACCCAAAAUUACAGAGCCGGGAUUUGGACGGAAUGAUAUGGGCAAUGAUAAGUUGGCGGAAAGGAAGAGGCGGGCCCAGGAGGUCUCUAAGCACCAGCUGCAAACCGUCGCAGAACGCAAGCGCCUGGCUGUACUCAAUGAUCUGGUGCAGCAGAGGAAGGAGUCCGACAUGCUUCAAUCUACUAAAGAGCUGUUAUUAUCUGAUAGAGCAGCGCAGUAUGAGAAGAUGCAGAGAAUAUACAAAGGGUUGCAGGACGAUUGGGUCAAAAGCCACGAGAUGAAGAGAUUGAAGGAGGAGGAGGAAGGACGCUUCAUCCGGGCCGGUAGUCACCUUCUUCUAGAUCAGUUCGAGAAGUAUCGCCGCUGCUUCCAGUGCAAGAGGCGAACGUCAAACUGCGGAGAGACCAACGUUUGGUGCGAGUCGCGCUACAUCCCAGGAUGCCGUCUGAUGGUUUGACCGCCACCGUCUGCUCUUCAGUAAAGUUUGUUUAUUCAUAAAGCGUAUCUGUCGGUUUGUACUUCCUGUCCUAAAUGCUGUUAUUACAAAUGAGCAGUUCUGCAUACUAAUUACAUUGGAUUCUAAAGCUUGAAACACUCUCCUACCUCUAUCUCUGCUAUGGCCGUGUCAGCGGUCAAUAGAACUAAUUGGGUCGGUGGCGGUAUUGUUGGGAAAUGCGCUGUGACGCUGAAAACAGAUUGUGCCUCAACAACGAGGAGAAGCGGUGUGAGGACUAAUUAGCAACUUGAAUGGAAGAUUGUCUGAUGUCUAAAAUAAAGAUUUAUUAAAUAUGCACAAAGUCUUCUGUUUUUCUGCUUCCUCAUUAACUCAGGAUUACGGGUUUCAUUGUACUUUG